AUGUCGCGCAAUAAGGAAAACAAUCCACUGCCUCCGUCGCGGGCAGUUGCAUCCGUGUUCAUCGGCAAGCAGCCUACACCUCCGAGUGCAGAGUUCUUCACGGACAGUCUACUCGAAGACACGUCGCGCAUACCGUCGCCAUCGCCAUUGAAAAACAAGCAUGCGGUCAGCAAACCACGACGCGCUUUGGGCUCUUCGAAGCCAUUGCACGUCUCACGAGACCCAAACAACCUGGCGCGCAAUCCUACCUCGUCGCAUGAAGUGCGAGCGCGCGGAAUCAGGCAUCAGCCGCCUGCGCCCACCUUACAGCGGCCAUUGAGCAUACGGUCAUCAAACUCGGACCUGAUCACACCGCCUCAGUCGCGCGAUGGUCCGGAAUCGAUCAAGAGCCCUAUGUCAGUGGACUCGGUCCCGUCACACGAUCUUACAGAUACAUAUCAGCGGAUAUACGAUGAGGAGGAGCUGGCAGCAACAGAGAGAGAACCUCUGAGCUCUGAAGAUGAUGAGGAAGAGAUGGAUUUUGAUGGACAAAUGGGCUCGCCAAGCAAGGCACCUAGGUCCGCCACUGCUCGGAACUCAUGGGCGGAGCCUCUUGCAGCGAGGAACCCUACACAACACCCUGUGCCUGAUGAUGCCGACAAGGAGAACCUCGCCGAGGAGCGCACAGGCAGGCUGUCUGAAGAUACUGGAAUGAGUUUUCUGGCUCAAUUGACUGAUAAAGAUCUUGCUGCGAAGAUGACCCCACAUAUGACAGAACACGCAAAGGAUAUGCGAAGGCUGCAGAAAGGCAUCAGCACGAGGCCUAUUUCAUUCCAUGCUGGCACGAAGCCCUCAGAAUUCAUAGCGGACGAUGCGCGCUCGAACGCAAGCUCCGGCGGAAGCUCACGUUCUUAUAGAAGAAGGAAUUUGAGGCUGAACAGCCCCGCAGUAGGCGGUGUCGCCAAAGCGCAUUCAGACACCAGUCUGGACGCCCGUCCACGAUCACAAGUCUCGCCCGCAGCACAAAGGUCGCAGCAGCAGUCCUCGCCUGUGUCGCGAGAGCCACUACGACCAUUGAAUAUCCAAUUUUCGAGCCAGGAAGCUCAAGAUGAGCCUACAGCGCAUGGACAAGUCUCGGAUGACGAGGGCGAUGAAACAUCUGCGGAACUGAGAGCAAGAGAACGACAGUUCGGGCUCAACCGCGCAAAGAAACUUUUCGGCAUCUCAGGGGCGGUAGAGGCGACGCAUGAAGUGUCGAAUGCUAAUGCACCAGGCACGUUUUCGGGCUCAGAACGCCAAGGCAGACUCCAGGACGGUCCGGGCGACCACGGUGACCUGACAGAGGAUGGCAACGACUUCACACAGAGCUCUAUUAGAAGUCAGGCUUCCGAUCGAUCGGAAUUUUCCGUUUUGAGGGCGUCUUCUAACAAAGUGCCAGUCACGAACAAGGGCAUACUCAGAAAGUGGGCGCGUACAGCAGCCGAACAACAAGCGGAGCGGACUCAGAGUGUGAACUCCGACAUUGAGUCCUCACAAGUCGACUGGGCAGGCGCAGCUGCUGACGUACCGCUGCCAAGUGUCGAGAACCGUGAAGUUGAGGCCGAGGCAGAAGAGUCUGCUUCGCCGGAGCACAGACGGUCUGCUGAGGGCUUCAGAAGAGUUGACAACGAGAUGACCGGCAUGACCGGCAUGUCUUUCCAGGUUUCUGAAAGCCCACCUGUUAAGACCAAGAAGAGCUUUGACGAUAUUCUGCGUGAAAAAGAGAUGAGUCUACUCUCAAAACAAGCUGUCACUAAGAGUCGGCUGGAGGCAAUACGCGAAAGGGAUCCUCGGGAGGCGCAGCGGCAGCUGUCACGUUCACCAAGUGGCUCAUCAUUGAGAAAGAGCCUUUCGAAUGACGCCACAACGCCCCAGCAGGUUGAGAAAGCGCUAGAGCAGGUGGGCGAGCAGAUCCCUGAUACCCCGGUCGUCGUUUUCAGGUCUUCGAGCAACAAUUCAAGAGACCUCCAAACUUCUGGCGAAAGGCCAGGUCAUGACCGGCAGUCUUCUCAUGAUACUCUUCAGAGGUUCGCCCGCCUGAGUGCAACCCCAAAGUCAAGUCCAUCGAUUCUGCCAAAGCUCGCGCCCUCCAACAAGCAGUCCGAAGUCGAAGGCAAGAACGAGAGACGUUCAUCAGAGGGCGCGCCUCAAGCCAAGAAGCCCUUCAUAGCAGCGACUCCCAAAGUCACAGGUGCCUGGACAGACACUAUUCUCCCGCCUGACACAAUUAAUACGGUCAAAGCGAAGCCCCAGCCCAAAUACACGCAGACGCCGAAUGUGACUGUCGGAGGGUGGGUCGCCACACCCCAUCCCACGAUUUCUCAAAGACCUUCGUCCGCCCCUGAGGCCAUUGAGGAGGAAGUUCUUGAAGACCUCGCUACAGAUAUCAUGCCGAAUCGGAAUCCGAGAUCUGCCUCGUCCCAUGCGCGGCCACUCGAACAGCAAGCAGCCACAACCGAAGUGAACCGGCCUCCUGUGGGCCAAUCCGCCCUCUCCAACAUACUCGCCGCUCAGCGCGCUCGUCACUCCUCAGGUGCAGCAGACGAUACCCUCGACCUCGGCGACGCGACCAUGGCUUCUCUGGAGGAUCUCGUCGACCUCAACGAAGAGGACAUCACCACACUGAUCCGCCUGGGCGCAGAACAAGACGCAUUGCAGCAGCUUGGCGAGAACGCCGCCGGCACUGCGAUAGAUGGGGACACCGGCGAUCAGAAAGAAGGAGAGAUUAUGGUACUCGACCGACUGGCGCGCAAGCUACAUACACUGCAAUCCAACAUACGCCACGCUCGGCGUGCAGUUGGGCGCUUCGAACGAGAAAUGAGCGAGGGCGUCGAUGAGGCCCUGGCGCAUCAGCCUCACUCCGACCCCCUGACGCCGCAGAUCCUGCAGCAAACGCCACUGGUGCCAACGCAGCUCAGCAGCGCUGGGCUCGUGAGGGGCACCGGCGUCUUUCCGAUUCUUUACAGCACGCUGACGCUUCCACUACCACUACUCUUCCACACCCCAAAACAUCGGCAGCACCAGUUGCCGCAGGGUAGGUGGCGUAUGGGAAAGCCCACGCCGCUCCUCUACGUCCUGCUCUUCCUGCUCGCGUACUAUGUGCUCGAAACCCUCCUCUCGGAGCUCUACGCACACCCGCUGUACGCCGAGACGUACGCGUGGCCGGCGGCGAACCAGGCUCCGGAACCGGAUAGUGGGCUCGUGGUGCCGACGCUGCUGGCCAGAGUCUUUGGCGGGGAUGUGCAGAUGAGGCGGAGCGUCAAGGUGGCUCCAGCUGGUGCGGGUACUGACACCCUGGAGGGAUGGGCCCAAGGCCUGUGGGUUCUGGGCAGGGCGGUGGUGAGGUUGUUUGCUGGUGGGGAUGGGUUCGUCGAUGGCCCCGCGCAGGGCCAUGGCGGUGUCGGGGCGUCGCCGGCUGCGACGACCGCGGCGGCAGCGGGAGCACAACGAGGGGAUGGCUGGAGCAUGAUGAAUGAUGAGAUUUUAUGA